GUGACAUGUCCAUGAUAUUUCAACCUCAACCCGCGCACUUGUUUCUCUUCUGUCUUCACUUCCCGCCAUUUCUAGGUCUGGUCAAUCAGAGAGGUUCAAACAACCAAAUUGAAGCUGCUACUCAAGAAUAUAGUUGUUUAAGGUCUGCUUAUUUAAGCGGUCUAUAGAUGGAGCAAUCCCACCCUGGUUGUGAUGGAGGAGCAGAAGCAAUAAUAAAUUUAAAACCCAAUUCAACAAUCUCUAUUGCUUAUCACCCUCUUUUUGGUCCACAUGAUGAUAUGAUUCUUCUUGAGUUGGAUGAAAAGAUUCUCCCUGAUGUUCUCGACCAAAGGAUAAGCUUAAGAGGCCAGCCAGAUGAAGAUGCGGUUCUUUGUACCCAGUCAAAGACCUAUGCAGUAAAGUUUGUUGGAAACUCCAACUCUGUAUUACUUAUACCCCCCACUGAUCAGUUUCCCCAUAAAAGCAAUAUUAAAAAAUGUACGGGUGAAGAAGUUGUCGCAUCGGUCAUCAAAGUGGCACUAGGCAACAUGGAGCUGGUUGAGAUUGCUCCUAAAGUAGAUAAGCUAAAAUUGCUGUUGUCCAUGAAUCCACUCAAAUUAGGUGAGUUGACUGAAACAGAUGAUCUGGAUGAGAUGAUUGACGUUGACACAGGAUUGUAUAGAUGGAAUGAUCUUACUGACAUGAUACAAGCUAGUGAUGAGGAAUUGAGGACAGCAUUAAAUGCUUUAUCCGCAGUUGAGAUUAAUGGAUACUGGAGAACUGUGGAUGAUAAUUAUAUGGAUGCAAUUCUUAAUAUUCUUUUGCAAAAUUCUAUAUUAAAUGAUUGGUCCUUGGAUGCUCUUAAUGAAGAUGAAGUUGUGGGUGUUCUGGUAUCAGACGGGUUUACUCAAAAAAUUGCCCGCCACUGUUUGCAAGUCUUUGGUUCAAAGGUGGAGGGGGACAGUUUGUGGAGGUUGGAUGAACAAAAGGUGUGUGUGCAUUUCGCUAGAGGAAUUUUGAAAGGAGGAAAAAUGAAGAUGGAUAAUUUCAUGAAGGAGUGGGAACGGAAAGUUCCUGAGCGAAUGAAUGUGAACUUUGACAUGUUGGAAGGUGAAGUUCUAACAGAAACACUUGGAAUUCAGACAUGGGUAUAUGCUUUCAGUAUAUCAUCUCUACCAUGUGACCCUGCUGCACGUUUCGCUGCACUUUUCAAUGAGCACAAAAAAUGGGAGUGGAGGGAUCUAAACCCUUUUAUCAGGGACCUGAGUGUUCCCGGACUUUCUUCGGACGCUUUGCUUCUGAAAUACACUCGAAGAAGUCAGCCGACACCAGACUCAGAGCCAGUUUUCACUAUGAGAUAGUUUGGUUGAACGCUUUGCUUGUCAAAGCUUUCGUACAACUCAGCCAAAUCGUGUGCCAGAAAAAUUUUCCAUAACAAGAAAGUGUGGUUGAAUUGAAUGUCCCUAGUUGCUAUUUUUUGCAGUUUACUGCUCGUUGCCACAUUCUGGAUGCUGGAUGAGUUUUGGACUGAAGAAGGAAUCUUAAUUGCGAGACAUGCUUAACCUUCUAAAUUUAAUGCUUAAUGUACCAAAUGAUGAGGCAGACUUGAACACAUUUACGAAGCUACAAGCAUGCUUAUUUAGCUUUAAGUUUCAAUUUUGAUCAA